GGCGAAUAUGUUGAAAAAUUGCUUACUGGAGCGCGCAGGAUGAUUAGAGGCUGUUGUAUUUUCGCAGCAGGAUUUUACUCUGGAGUUUUGUUUCAGAACCAAUACAAAAUCCAAAAUGUAUCCACACCGACAGAACUUGGCGAAAAAAUCAUAACUACAGUUCAAACAUUACUAGAGCAGAAAAACAAACCUAAAUAACUGUAAACAUCCUACAUCGCAAGUCUUCUGUAUCAAAAAGACACGAAUUUAUGAAUCUCGACACCAAAUUCUGUAGUUUUUUGCACCAUUUACUUUCCUUAACACAACUGUGUUAUACAUUUAUUUUACCUAGGAAUAUUGGAAAUAUUUCUUCACAAAACAUUCUUUUUAUUUCUGACUGGCUUGUUAAAACCGGAAAAUUACAUGUUAUAUCAAAUCUCUUAGUAGAGGAUGUCGAUUUAGAUGGAAAUCUUGAUGUAUAUUUUUCUACUUCUGAUGGUACACUGUACGGUGUUUCAAAUGUGCUCAAAUGUAGUACGGUAAAGCCAUGCAGUGCUCAUCAUGAGAACUGGCCUGUUACCCAUCAUGGUGAAGUUUUCUUUUCGUCUCCACAUGCGGUUGACGUUUAUGCUGACGGCUUGAAGUCGGUACUUUUUAUUAGCUAUCAUGGAGCAGUGUUUACUUAUGAUUAUCAUGGAAACUUAUUGUCACAUUUUCAAAUUCCAGAUAUCAUUUUGGAUCGAAGUAUAUUAUCUCGACGUAAUCCGGACAAGAAUUUAUUUGAAUCUAUACGCUGGGCAUCUACUGACAACCAGUUACUGGAUAUUCGUCUGCAUCCCAUAGUUUAUACAGAUCCAAUUAUUUUAACUUCAUUAAUUGUUCCAUCGAAUAUGAAUGACAUAGAUUUCUUUUAUGUUGAUUUUUUGCAUAUUGCAUUAAAUUUCAUCACCUAUGAUCCACAUAUCACAACAACUUCGCUAAAUGAGUCGUUUUCUUCAGAUGAAGGUGUACUAGUAGCAGCAAUUGUGAAUAUACCUCGUUGUGCUUUGCUUUAUUUGCCGAAGAAAGAUUCCAAGUUAUGUUCACUACGUCUUAAAGUUUUGGAAGUUGACUGGUUGUCUGUUAAAUUUCCACCAUAUGUUUUCUCAUCGCCUACUAUAAAUGCCAAUGUACUGGAAGAGACCCGAGUCAAAGAUCAUUUAUACGUUGACAGCUAUUAUAGUUUCAUCACUACAUUCAGCGGAAAUAUACAUGUGGUUCAAUUAUCAAUGUUAAAUAGUCAUGGUGGUCAACUUUCGCCUGAUGUCAAUGACAUUUUUAUUGAUUCCUAUUCUCUGCAUGUCACUCCAAUGACCUUGUCUUGUGUACCGUCACCAUGUCCAUUAAUUAAAAUGAAAUCGAAUUUACUACAGUCUAAUGUACAUACUUGUUGUUUACAAGUCGAUAUUUAUUCUUGUCUACGUCUUAUUCGUCUUGUACCAAUUAAAAAAUAUCAUUCUCAAGUUUAUUGGACAUAUUGUCCCACUAAUACUACUACUAUUACCAAAUCAUUUGAGUAUGGUGAACAAAUUGGCCAAGUGACAAUUGUUCCUGGAUGUCAAAAAUUUCAAACUUGUUCUCCAUGGUCUGUUUACACAACACCUGAUGGUUAUGCACAUGCUGUCGAAAUCCAGACAGGAUUAUCAGCUCCGGGAUAUCCUGUUAGUCUUUCCACUAUGAACUAUAAUGUUACAAAUCUUUCUAUAGGAUCAGGAUUAUUAUAUCAAAGCGAAGAUUUUACAUACUGGCUGCUUUUUACUGAUGUUUAUGCAAAUCUCAUUCAUUUACGACUACAUAAUCCUUUGGUGAUCAUAUCAAUUAAUCAUGAUAGUAUAUUACAUAAUCAUCAGUCUAAUUCAUUGCAGACAAUUUCAUUAUCUCCAAAACCUAUACGGUUACAAGCUGGAGCAUUGACAUCGCCUUCAUAUCUUUUAUUGUCAAACUAUGGUUUAUUAUUAUUGAAGAGUAAAUCAUCUCCAUAUAUUGUUCAACGUAAUUCAACAUCAUUAUUAACUUAUUCAAAGUAUAUUGUUAAUGUUAACAAAUCUGUUGCACAGUUGAUGAAUCCUUUUCAAUUUAUCAGUGCUCAAUUUGUUAAUGAUUACCUUGAACCGGUUGAUUCUGUCAUUUUUGAUGAUAAUAAAAGAACUUUAAAUUAUUUAAUCAGAGAUUGUUCUUAUCAGUUGAAUUUAUUGAAUGAAUCUCAUUUGGCGAAACGAUUUUUAGUCAGAUUAUUCACAUCGUUUGGUGUACCAAUAUCAGAAUGGUCAAAUGCAUAUGUAACCAAAAAUUCGGCAUGCCUCAGUAGUUGUAAAUGUUCCACUGGUUCAUUGUCUAUACAACAUAGCUUACCAUCUGGUUCAUAUCGUAGUGAAUUAUAUCUGUCUGUGAUUGAUACAACCAAUGGUUAUUUCAUUGUGAAUUAUCCAAUGUUAACAGGUUCUACGGAAAUUGCUUCACGUAUUAUGUUACAUAUUGGAUUAUAUCAAACACAAUUAAUUGUCAGUUUAAUUUAUUUACCAGGAGUUUAUUUAUUCAUUGGAUUAACAAUGAUUCAUUGGUUUUCCAUAUUGACAACAAAGCAGACUCUAAAUAUGCAUGGCAAAAUGAAGCAAUCAAUUUGAUUCUAGUCUAUAGAAUACAGUGUAUACAGUCAGUACAACAUCACAAUAGUCAGUUAACUAUCGCAUUAUUCUCACCUACCUUUUCUUUCUCUGUGCAUACAAUUUCUCCCUUUCUUUCCUAUAAAUCAAUUAGUUCAUUUUCAUGAGGUUUUCGCUUAUUUCCCUGUGUUCUCAGCACAUCAAUGUUACAAUCAAUGCAAUGCAUGUAUGUAAAACCAUUCCAUGUAUGUAUAAGGAAGAAAUAAAAUACAAUGUAUGCAAAAAAAUAAAUGACUUGUAUCAUCUC